AUGGCGUCUCUGAGGAGGCACCGCCGCGGCGGAAUCGCAGAGGCGGAGGACGACUACGACGACGACGAUGUCCAUGACGAUGGCAGCGGGACGGCAUCACCUGACAUUGACGACACCGCCACGGAGCAGGAGGAGGAGGAGGAAGACGAAGAGGAGGAGGACUACCGGCUGCACCUGGGACUCCACUCCAUGACUGCAAAGGGCAUACAACACCUGUGCUCUGAGCUCCUGGAGAUCAAGAAGGCCUCGGAGCAAGACUUCCGCGCUAAUGUCUAUCUCAGCUACCUCUCCUUCAUUAGGAUGUUGCAAGAAGCUGGUGAUCUGGACAAGGACGUCCACCGCCUGAAACAUCAGGUCAUAGCACACAGUCGGAUGAUCCAGCAUGUCAGCAGCAACUGCUGCUUGCUGCUUGCUGGUUCCAAGGACGAGGACGAGGCCGACAUGGGGCACGACGACGAGGAGCUGGAGCUGGAGCUGGAACUGGACGUGCUUCUGUCCGAGCACCGGAUGGAAGAGGCCCUGGAGCUCCUGCAGAGGCAGCAGGGCGGCUGCACCGCCAAUGACGCCGCCCUGUCCGCCAGGAAGGCAAGGGUCGCCGACCGCUUGGCUUCCGUGGCCGGCAACCCGCGGACGCCACGGCCGGAGCUACUCAAGGCGCUCUCCGGCCUGUGCAGGCUCGGCGAUCCGGAGCGGGCCAACCACCUGCUCUUCAGCUCGUACCGUAGUGCGAGCGUGGAGGGCCUAUCGUCACAGCAAGCAGCGGCAGGUCACUACAUCAAGGACCUCGCGCGCAUGGUCUUCUCCUCCAUUGCCGACGCGUCGAGGUGCUUCGUGGCGCUGCACGGGCACCCGUCCCCCUACACCCCUCAGCUCCGACGAUGGGCGAGGGAGGAGAUGGAGGAUUUCAGCGCCGCCUUCUCCGAGUACGUGAGAUCCAUGCCGCCUUCUCCGAGCCUGGCUCUGGCACUGGAGGCCGCGGCGUGCGCGGUGUCCUACUCUUCCCUGCUGAGGCCUCUCGGCAUCGCCUCCGAGCAAGAUGUGGCUGGCCUCAUGGCGCCCUGCAUCCGGGAGGUCCUGGACGCGUAUGGCAGGCAUCUCAAGGAGGUGGUCCGGCUGCUGGUGGCCUCUGACGCCAGCUGGGUGCUGGGCCGGUUCCUCCUGAUGCCGGCGCAGGCUGCUGCUGCUGCAGGUGAGCAUCGCUACUGCCUGCUGACAGCCAGCGGAAGGAAAUUCGUGACCCUCGUACAGGAGGUCGUGGACGGCGUAGCCUGCCCGUUGCAAAGUCUUGGUCUUGGCAUGGACGACGACGCCGCGCAACUUGUUGCAGACUUGUUCAGGGAGUACGUGCGCUCCAUCAUAGACCUAUUAGAGGAGGAGCUCAUCAUCCCAUCAUUCCCAAACAAGAAGGAAGCUGCUGACGACGACGAGCAGCAGUACAUGUGGCAGCUCUCCGUGCUGGUCAACUGCUCCACGUUGGUGUCCCUGCUCCCGACCAUGGCGUGGACAGCGUCAGCACAGAGACAAGUGGGCAGCCUGAUCAAAGAAGCGGCCGGGCAGGUGUGGAGCUGCUUCUGCCAGCAAUUCAUACGAGGCACCAUGGCAAUGGCGGCAUUGCCAGCGCCGCCUCAUCAGGUGGCGGAGGAGGGAGGAACACCACCAGCAGCAGCACCACCAGAGAUGAUGCCAUCUUUGGCUUUCCAGGCGGUGUUCCUUCGGGUGAGGCGGCUCAAGGAUGCGUACGGCGGUGGCAUCCUGAGCGGCGACGACGGGACCAUGAAGGAGCUGCUGCAGGAGCUGAUGGAGGCGCUUAUCUCCUGGCUCUCGAGCAACCCGCCGGAGUCGUGGAUCGGCCAUGGCGCCCAGGCCCAGCUGGACGUCCACUUCCUCCUAGAAAUUGCGCAGCUUGGCGGUUUCGACAUCACGGCCAGUGCACGGGAGCUGCUUCGGAGAGCAGCAGCAGCAGCAGAGAAUGGUGGGGAGGAGGGCUGGGCUGCCGAUGCGGCAAAACAUGCCGUGCAUCAAGUGCUGCUGCUGCAGCAGCAGCAGCAGAACAUGACGACCUCAUCGGCUUCCCUAAAUGAAGAAGAAGAAGGAGGAGAAGAGGCAGCAGUAGCAGAGGAUGCUACGGAGGAAUUCGAGUCCGAAUUCGACGACAUGCCAAGCAGCAGGGAUUCAGCAGCCGCGCACCAAGGGUAUGAGGAUGCCAAGUCCAGCGACGAGUUCGUAAGCAUCGAGGAAGCCGAUGAAGAGAAGCACAGUAUGCUUAUGCUUACUGUGGGCUGCGACGACAGCGACAGCAGGAGGCGGCGGCAGGCAACUCCUGUUCCUGUCACGGCGGCAGCUCCUCCCAGAGCGCGCCGGAGCAGGAAGAAGGCGGCGGCGGGGAGCAGCAGGCCCAGAUGGCAGUGA